GAGGAGGGACCUGGCACGCACGGCAGAGGACGACUCCUCCAUCAUAGAUCUGGAGAAGCACAUGGGCAAUGUGGACCGGCCGUUUAAAGAGACCAUCACACGACAGGGCCUGGCCGACUACCUGGAGGGCUACCACAACCAAGUCAACAGCUGUCUUCAGAAUGAGAGCACGCGCUACAAGACGGUGGAUCGGGUGGUGCAGUCGGUGAAGAAUCUCUGCUGUGCGUUGGACGAGAUCGAGACUCCGGCCAUCACGGACGGCGUGAAGAGGCUGAAGCGAGCCGUCAACAUGCCACGCACUCGCUCACCAGAGAGUGGCUCCAAACCUUCCAGCGGCUCAGCUGACGGUGUGCGUGGCCCGGUGGAGGAGAGCAUGUGUGCCCUGACGGACGCCGUGUACCAGCUGGUCCGCCUGUACCUGCGCUCCUUCUGCCCCCCCUCCCCGCCCCCCCACGCGGACCCCCAGGACGAGACGGGCCGCGACAGCCGCGAGGCCUCGGGCACCACCGAGCACCUCAAGUUCACCGUGUUCGCUCUGCACGGCGUCCCGGCCCCCUGGGUCAGCAGCUAUGAGAAGUAUUACCUGAUGUGUGCCCUCACACACAACACCAGGAACCUCUUCAAGCCCGUGCAGUCCAAGAAAGUGGGCACAUACAAGAACUUCUUCUACCACAUCAAGUGGGACGAGCUGAUCAACUUCCCGAUCGCGGUGGCUCUGCUGCCCUUAGAGGCCAUGUUGACCCUCUCCCUGCACGGGGUCCCUAGCCAGAGCACCAACGGCUCCCCCGACCCCAGCAAGCAGCGCAAGGCCACCGAGAUACUCGGCAGGGUCUCCAUGCCCCUGUUCGACUUCCAGAGGGUUCUGGCCCGAGGGACAGUGCUGCUGAAUCUGUGUCCUUGUUCCGAGGAAUCUCCUUCUGGACCCGCUGGGCACCGGAGGAACACGGAAGAGAGAGUCAUCCUUCAGGUGGACUUUGCCACCCCGGCGGUGGAUGUCCAGUACGUGGGUCCUCAGGAGGCGGGCGGUGCCGGUACCGGUGGCGGCGGGAAGCCGGGCCAGGCGCUGGAGCCGCUGGACCCAGACCUCCGCAGGAAGGUGGAGGCACUCUGCUCACGCGCAUCCACCUUCGGCCUGACGCGUGCGGACCGGACGCUGCUGUGGGACCACCGGCAGCACUGCCAGGGCCUGGAGGGCUCUCUGCCCAAGGUGCUCGCCAGCGCCCCCAGCUGGGACUGGGGCAGUAUGGCGGAGAUACACACCCUGCUGCACCACUGGCCGCCACUCAGCCCCGUGUCUGCACUGGAACUGCUCGACUCCAAGUUUGCAGACACGGACGUGCGCUCUGUGGCCGUGGGCUGGAUCGAGAGCAGCAGCGAUGACGAGCUGGCCGACUACCUGCCCCAACUGGUGCAGGCUCUGAAGUUUGAGAGUCAUCUGAAGAGUGCACUGGUGAUGUUUCUGCUGUCUCGAGCACAAGGGAACGUCAACAUUGCACACUAUCUCUACUGGCUGCUAAGGGAUGCGGUGCAGGACCCGGCGUUUGGGCCGCGCUACGACCAGGUUCUGGGCGCGCUGCUGUGCCUGUGUGGGGCGGGGCUCCGGGACGAGCUGGACAAGCAGACGCGGCUAUGCAGGCUGCUGGGGGAGCUGGCCGAGAAGGUGCGGCAGGCCGGCAGCUCUGCCAGACAGGGGGUGCUUCAGGAGGGUCUGGAGAGGGUGCAGUCCUUCUUCCAGAGGCACAACUGCAGACUCCCCCUCAGCCCCAGCCUGGUGGCCAAGGAGCUCAGCAUCAAGUCCUGCUCCUUCUUCAACUCCAACGCUGUGCCCCUGAAGAUCGCCCUGGUCAACGCGGACCCACUGGGGGAGGAGCUCAACGUCAUGUUUAAGGUGGGCGAGGACCUGCGUCAGGAUAUGCUGGCGCUGCAGAUGAUCCGCAUCAUGGAUCGCAUCUGGCUGCAGGAGGGCCUGGACCUGCGCAUCGUCAACUUCAAAUGCAUCUCCACCGGCAAGGACAAGGGCAUGGUGGAGCUGGUGCCGUCGUCGGACACGCUGCGUAAGAUCCAGGUGGAGUACGGAGUGACCGGCUCCUUCAAGGACAAGCCCAUCGCAGAGUGGCUACGCAAGUACAACCCCGGGGAGGACGAGUACGAGAAGGCGUCUGAGAACUUCAUCUACUCGUGUGCGGGCUGCUGCGUCGCCACCUACCUCCUGGGCAUCUGCGAUCGCCAUAACGACAACAUCAUGCUGCGCACCACGGGCCACAUGUUCCACAUCGACUUCGGCAAGUUCCUGGGCCACGCGCAGAUGAUCGGAAGCUUCAAAAGGGACCGGGCGCCAUUCGUGCUGACCUCGGACAUGGCGUACGUCAUCAACGGGGGCGAGAGGCCGACCAGCCGAUUCCAGCUCUUCGUAGACCUGUGCUGCCAAGCGUACAACCUCAUACGCAAACACUCGGGCCUGUUCCUCAACCUGCUGUCAUUGAUGAUGCAGUCUGGGCUGCCGGAGCUGUCGGGGUCUCAGGACCUGAAGUACGUUUACGACGCUCUACAGCCCCAGACCACAGAGGCCGAGGCCACCAUCUUCUUUACAAGGUUGAUUGAGUCCAGUCUGGGUAGCGUGGCCACCAAGUUUAACUUCUUCAUCCACAACUUGGCCCAGAUGCGCUUCUCCGGCCUGCCGUCGAGCGACGAGCCCAUCCUGUCCUUCUCACCGCGCACCUACACCCUCAAGCAGGACGGGCGCAUACGCGACGCCUCCAUCUUCUCCUUCCAGAAGAGAUACAACCCCGACAAGCACUACACGUACGCGGUGCGACUCCUCAGGGAAGGCCAGAGUGAACCUCAGUUCAUCUUCCGCACUUUUGAUGAGUUCCAGGAACUGCACAACAAGCUGACGAUCCUCUUCCCUCUGUGGAAACUGCCUGGGUUCCCCAACAAGAUGGUUCUGGGCCGCACGCACAUCAAGGACGUGGCCGCCAAGCGCAAGCGGGAGCUCAACAGCUACGUCCACAACCUGAUGAGGAGCUCCACGGAAGUCACGCAGUGUGAUCUUGUCUACACGUUCUUCCACCCCAUUGCAAGGGACGACAAAACGGAGGGUCUGGACUCCAUACCCAAAGUUACAGAUCCCCCUCCUCUGAGUCCUGUGUCGGGCCGCGUGGAGGGCGAGGUGAAGCUGUCUGUGUCCUACAGAAACAGCACUCUCUUCAUCAUGCUCAUGCACAUUAAAGACCUGAUGUCAGAUGAGGGUGCGGACCCAAAUCCUUAUGUCAAGACCUACUUGCUGCCAGACCCCCACAAGACCUCCAAACGGAAAACAAAGAUCGCCCGGAAAACAAGGAAUCCCACUUACAACGAGAUGCUGGUGUACAGCAACUUGUGCAAGGAGAGCGUGAACCAGCGAGAGCUCCAACUGAGCGUGCUCAGUGCAGAGUCCCUUCGUGAGAACUGUUACCUGGGCGGCGUGACCUUGAGCCUCAAGGACUUUGACCUCAGCAAGGAGACCGUCAAGUGGUACAAGCUCACUGCUGUACCUUACUUCUGAACCAAUCACAAUGCAUACAGUAGCAGCUGCCGCAAAAAAAACAACAACAGCCAAUCAAGGCGAAGCAUUGGGACAUUGGCAUUGGGACUCAACAUCGCCCUCUAAGGGUUACAAUUCGCAAUCUGACUUUGUCUGUAGACGUGCCUCUCCUCUGCCUCAGUCUGUCUGUCUCUCUCUCUCUCCUCUAUUUCUCUUGCACUUUCUCUGUUCAUCCCUCUGUCUCUCUCUCUUCUCUAUGUUCAUCUUUCUGUUUUUCCAAUGUUUCUCUCUUUGCAUCCCUUUAUGCCCCCCAACCCUUGCCUGACAAAGCAGCCUAAAUGUGAGACCGGAGUAAUUUAGUCUGGCCCCGAUGAACGAUACCUCCGAAGAUUGUUGAUGAGAACAACCUGUUGCAUUUUCAAACCGUGCUCGCACUCUGACC